AUACAUAGGGCAAUUACGAAACUAAAUAGGCCAUGUUGAUAGUUGUAGUUUUUUAAAUUUGUGUUUGUUAGUUUUUGUUUUCAAAUGGACGUGUAAUUGUUUUACAUUCGAUUGUUUACAUCUGCAAAAUUCGCAAUGUCUUUGAACGUCCCUUCAUGAUGCCGGAAGUAACCCUACCGGGCAGAAGCUAACGAAGCUGCGACGAUUUAAUGUGUAGUAGCACUUGCAUAUUGUGCUGUUAACAAACGGUUUUCGCUAUGAACCCGUCGCCCAUUUGACAUGCAGAAUUUGUGACCACCAGGAUAAUUUUACGAGCCCCGCGGCCAACUAGUAGACCGCGUCUCUGAAGAAACCAAGUAGUUUAGUUAUUUUGUGUGUCCAAUAACAAGUGAUUGCGCGAGUGGCAUGCUGGACGUGGGGAAGUGGCCAGUGUUUGCCCUCCUCCCGCCUGAGGAACUCGGCCUCAUUCGUCAGGCGUGCGUUUUCGGAAGCGGCGCCAACGAAGCCCUCUAUGUCACUGUCAACGACGAGGUCUUUGGUCUGGGCACCAACUGUAGCAGCUGCUUAGGCCUUGGUGACCUGCAGAGCACCAUCGAGCCGCGCAGGAUCGAUGUCCUCUGCGGGAAGAAGAUCGUGUCCCUUAGCUACGGAACCGGACCGCACGUGGUCAUCGCCACUUCGGAGGGCGAGGUGUAUGCAUGGGGCCACAACGGCUACAGUCAGCUGGGCAACGGGACCACCGUCCAUGGGCUCAUCCCCGCCUUGGUCUCCACCAACCUGCAGAACAAGAGGGUUACCGAAGUAGCCUGUGGCUCCCACCACACUAUUGCCCUUACCACAGAAGGAGAGGUGUACGCGUGGGGCUACAACAACUCAGGCCAGGUGGGAUCAGGGUCCACCGCCAACCAACCCACGCCGCGCCGGGUCAGCAGUUGCCUGCAGAACAAAGUGGUGGUCAACAUAGCCUGUGGGCAACUGUGCUCCAUGGCUGUGUUGGACAACGGCGAGAUUUACGGUUGGGGCUACAACUGCAACGGUCAGCUAGGUCUGGGCAAUACCGGCAACCAGCAGACGCCGUGCAGGGUUGCAGCUCUUCAGGGAGUCAAGGUUGUCCAGGUGGCUUGCGGCUACGCGCACACGUUAGCGCUCACGGACGAUGGCUUUGUUUACAGCUGGGGAGCAAACUCCUAUGGCCAGCUGGGCACGGGCAAUAAAAACAAUUACUCACUCGCCACGCUGAUCAGCACCGACAAGGAGAGGAUCGUGGAGGUGGCGGCGUGCCACACCAGCCACACGUCCGCCGCCAAGACGCAGAGCGGGCAGGUGCUGAUGUGGGGACAGUGCCGCGGGCAGGUGGUGACCAACCCGCACGUCACGCAUUUCAGCUGCACCGACGACGUCUUUGCCUGCUUCGCCACGCCCGCCGUCACGUGGCACCUUCUAACUGUUGACGGCGACGAAUACCUGACUGUCGCACAGUCACUAAAAAAGGAGUUUGACAGCCCUGAGAUUUCCGAUCUGAAGUUCCUCGUGGACGGAAAGUGCAUUCAUGUGCACAAAGCGCUGCUAAAAAUAAGGUGCGAAUAUUUCCGCGUGCUGCUAAACGAAACAGACGAGGACACCAUCGAAAUCCACCAGUUUCCCUUUCUGGUGUAUCGUGCCUUCCUGGAGUACCUCUACACCGAUUCCAUCAACUUGCCACCAGAGGACGCUGUGGGCCUGCUGGACCUGGCCACCUUCUACCGGGAAAGCAGGCUCAAGAGGCUGUGCCAGGAGACCAUCAAGAGGGGCAUCACCGAGGAGAACGCCAUCACCCUGCUCUCGGCCGCCGUCAAGUACGAAGCCCGGGACCUGGAGGAGUUCUGUUUCAAGUUCUGCAUCAACCACCUGACAUCAGUCACACAGACCCAGGCCUUCGCCGAGAUGGACCACGACCUGCUCAAAAACUUUAUCGGCAAAGCCAGUCGCCAUGGGGCCUUUAGAAACUGACCCCGCCACAAAUCCUGAUCCCCGCCCCACCCCACCCCACCCCCCCAACUUGUGAUGACCUCACUCGCUUUCCAACAGCGGUCCGUCACAGACCAAGCAAGGUAAACAAAGCACUGUCAUUUUUUUUUCUCCACCCCCCCCAAAGGUGAAGACCACAAAGACCGAAGGUUCUGCUUUGUGGUCUGCUCGUUUAGUUGACUGUAGUUUGAGUGCACCUGUGAGGCGGGAAAACGGAUAAAAACGACGGCAAGAACUUGCGCUUGGGGUUGCAUUGCCACAUCUGCCUCAAAAGCGGGGGUUUUAUUCAAACUUUGAA